AUGGCAGAAUCAUCUAAUUCAAGUGAUGGGAGUUUUGACGAUCCGGGAGCAGUGGCCGUAAGCGGGAAGAUAAUGGUUGGAGGGAUUAUCCUUCUGUUCUUAGUGGUGGUGUUCGUCUUUUUGCUUCAUGUGUUCGCCAAGAGGUUCUGGGAAAGUAGAAUCGAUUCUCGGAGCCACCUACGACGCUUUGUAUUCUCUCCCAGUCCUAACGGGGCCAGCCGCCGUCUGCACGGAGGAGUAGGAUUGAAACCAUCGGUUAUCCAGGCUCUCCCAGUUCUGGUCUUCCAUUCUGAUGAAUUUGUGGAUGGACUAGAGUGUUCGGUCUGCCUCUGUGAGCUCUCCGACGGCGAGAAGGUUCGCCUGCUUCCCAAAUGCAACCAUGGAUUCCAUGUCGAUUGUAUUGACAUGUGGUUCCAUUCCCAUUCAACUUGCCCGCUUUGUAGAGUCCCAGUUGCCCUUGAAUCCUCCAAUCCCGUUUCAGAUUUGCCACCAGAAGAAUUUCACAUCCCCAUCUCCACCACUACUGAUUACUCUUUGUCGACGAAAUCCAUGAAUUUUCCCACCAACGUCUUGUUCUGUGGCAACCAGACUCAGGUAACCAUCAGCGGCUCGUGCCCGGAAGAUGGACCUACUUCUUCUUCUUCUUCUUCUACUCCGCCGCCGGCGAUUAGUAAGCAGGGCAAAGAAACGCUGGCGAUUGAGAUACCAAGGCGGUUGAACGAGGGCUUCUCGUCAGUGUCGCCCUCGCCAGUGGAAUCCAUGUCGCCGAUGACAAGACAACUAAGAUCGCUGCAGAGGAUUUUGAGUAAAGGGAAAAGGGUCAUUCCUUGCAGUCCUAGUUGGAUUGUUGAUGUCGAACAGGGUGAAAAGGUGAUGAAGGUUGAGACUCAGACAGCAUCAGUUUCGGAUUCAUGA